GGUGUCUAUUUUUAGAUGCCGUCACACUUAGUAAGACGCCAUUUUAUUGUUGACGUCACUAACCAACAGUUGGGCGUCAGUAGCAACGUACAAACAAAAAGAUGGCGCCGUUAUAACUCCGGUCCUUUUAUCUGUUGUCAUUUUCUUCGCCUCCUCAUGAAGGAAACGGCGUUGGAAAUUGUAGGGAGGUGCAAACGAUGUUAUGGGGAAAGUCAGAAGGCCUACAAGCAGGAAAAGACCCAGCUUAUGGCGAAAAGAAAGACAGAGUAUCAAAUGGUUUUUAAAGAAUAUCUGUGGCAACCCAGAACUCAAAGUAUGAAACCUCCAGCGAGAAGAAUAUCCAAUGACAAAAACAGAUCUCAGACACAGAAGAAAACAAUCUACGGUACAGAUUUUGUUCAACACCAGUUGCCGAAGAAAAUAACCCCAAAGAAUUACAGGACGAAAAGAAGCAAGCAUCUGGCUCAAUUUGAAAUGAACACCGACUACCAAGAAUAUUACCCGAAGAAAUCAUUGAUCAGCAGUUUAUGCGGUGAAAAAGUUGAAUUCGCCAAAGUUACACACCCUUCAGAUAGCCCGCCUUUCCAGUCUGACACCAUCUAUAAUAAUGCAUAUCCUUCCUACGACGUUGCUACGAUGACUGAAAGAAAGCAAUCUCCUAUAAAAGGAAAAGAUAACAUAGAAAUUUCGACCAAUCAUAAACCACCCGUAGAGAAUGCAUAUCCUUCCUAUGACAUUGCUACGAUGACUGAAAGAAAGCAAUCUCCUAUAAAAGGAAAAGAUAACAUAGAAAUUUCGACCAAACAAAAUCCACCCGUAGAGCAGGAGGUGGAGCAACUUAUGCCCGUUAAAAAGUCAGUCAGGUUAUACACUGUGGAAGAGCAGGAGGAGUUUGAAAAGGGAUUCAAGUCUAUGUACACACAGAAAUUAGAAAAGAGCCCCCAGAGCAUGACGUUUGACGCAGUUUCAACUGUUAUGGCUGAUUUUACUAAACCAGAAGGCUUUGAAAGACCAGUAUCAUAUAAGCCACCUGUCCAAAGUCGCUAUAGUACUGAAAAGUUUGAUGACGAAACAAUAUCUAGUAUGGCGUAUAAACCAUUUCCGGUUAAGCCUUACGAACUUCCGAUCUGGGCUAAGAAACCAAAAUACAAACAGCCUGAAGGAGGCAUGUGCAUGAAUACUCUUUACAUGCAUGAAUUCCAGUCUCCAAAUGUAGUUAGGCCCCCAUCCCCUGCACAUCCACGCGUGAAACGAAAAAGAAAUGUUGUCAUCCUGAAAGACAUCGAUACAGUAAAGUGUGAGUCAUUAAGUACAUACAAACAGGACUUUCAGAAGUGGGCAGAUGUGAUACCUCGCGAGACAUAUCGGCUGAUAGAAUUUUACCAGCCCCCUAAAGAGAAGAUGAUGUUGGAAACCAACCAUAGAGCUGACUUCAAAGGAGAGAAAGUAGACAAAAUGAAACCAUGCCGUCUAAUAUCACAACACCGUGAACUAGAUACUCAAACUGAUAUGACGCUGAUAACCACUUACACAGAGACUUUCCAAGACCCUCGUCUAAAAAGAUCACGGACUCGCAGAUCGUUUUCGGCAAUGCAAAAGAAACCAACACUGGAAAAAAUACCCAGACCUGUCACGACCGGAGCUAUCCCAAAGCCUAAUUUAAGUUCCUAUCCGGUAUUAAGCAAACCAAUGUCUGUAAAUACCACCGCAAAUUAGCCGGGGUCAAGUUCGGAUCUCGUGGACAUUCUUUAGAUUGACAUUUGCGAUAAAUGCAAUAAGCAAAAGCCCGGAUGUGAUUGUGAUUUUUGAUAACGUCUUUUUUAUUGUUUAUACAUCAUUUUGAUAUCGCUAGCAUGUACUAUUUUUGAUAUGUAUGCCAUUUAUAAUACUUAAAGACAUGUUGUAAAGAUGUCUACCAUUUGUUCAGGUAAACAUUUAUAUUGAAAAUUUACGUAUUUAUUUACAUUGCUUUAAAUUUCUUAGUAUAUACACAAUUUACAUUUUUGACACCCAAAAACAUGUUUUAUACAUUUUUUGUACUAUUGUGCAACAUUAAAUACACAACUAUU